AUCCCAAAACCAAACCAGACAAAAAGCCGGAAAACCUCAAAGCCACUACUACCACUGGCCUGCCCUGACCGACACAAAUCAACAACGUGAUCACAAAGCAACUCGCGCCCAGGUUCCCCCAAACUUCUUCUUUCCCACUGUAAUUUCAACUCUUCUUCUUCUUCUAGAAAAGGAGAAAUUCGAUUCCCAAACAGAGUCUUGUCAAGAAGAAGUUUCCUCACACUUCUUCUUCUUCUUACUGUUCUUGCCCAUAGAUUCGCCCGGUGGUAAAUUUUUGAUGGAGGGCGGCGGCGGCGGCGACGGCACGGUGAGGUUGGGCGCCAUCAACCUAACCCCGCCGGAGCGGGUCUUCAACAACCUCGACCCGGAUUUCACCGUCUCCUCUCCUGUCACCCGCCAGAAAUCCGCCGCCGCCAAACAGUUCAUCGAGAAUCAUUACAAGAACUACCUCCAAGGGCUUCACGAUCGCAUGGAAAGGCGAAGGACAUUGCAGAGGAGAGCUCAAGAAGCGCAGAUACCGAGCGAGGAGCAGGAGACGAUGCUGAGGAAUUUGGAGAAGAAGGAGACGGAGUAUAUGAGGUUGCAGAGGCACAAAGUUGGGAUUGAUGAUUUUGAACAGCUAACUGCCAUUGGUAAAGGCGCGUUUGGCGAGGUGAGACUAUGUCGUUUUAAGAGUACUGGAGAAAUUUUUGCCAUGAAGAAAUUGAAGAAGUCAGAAAUGCUUAGCCGUGGACAGGUUGAGCAUGUACGGUCAGAAAGGAAUUUGCUUGCGGAGGUUGAUAGUCGCUGCAUUGUGCAACUCUUCUAUUCUUUCCAAGAUUCUGAGUUCUUGUACCUCAUUAUGGAGUAUUUACCCGGCGGCGACAUUAUGACACUACUGAUGAGAGAAGAUGUCCUCUCUGAAGAUGUCGCACGUUUCUACAUUGCAGAAAGCAUUCUAGCUAUUCAUUCAAUUCACCAACAUAAUUAUGUACAUAGGGAUAUAAAACCAGAUAAUCUAAUACUUGACAAGAAUGGGCAUUUAAAACUUUCUGAUUUUGGGUUAUGCAAGCCCUUGGAGAAUAAAUAUUCAUCAAUAUUGUUUGGAGACAAUGACAUCACAACCCAAGAAGCAACAUUGUCUGACAGCGAAGGGAGUUCUAGGAGUGGCAGAUCUCAUUGGCCAAUGCCAGAGGAACAACUACAACAGUGGAAGCGCAACCGGCGCGCAUUGGCGUACUCUACAGUGGGAACUCUUGAUUAUAUGGCACCAGAGGUUCUGUUAAAAAAAGGGUAUGGAAUGGAGUGUGACUGGUGGUCCCUGGGAGCUAUCAUGUACGAGAUGCUUGUGGGGUAUCCUCCCUUUUGUUCAGAGCAUCAAAGGAUGACAUGUCGUAAGAUUGUCAAUUGGAAAACAUGUUUGAAAUUCCCCGAAUCAAAAGUAUCAGAUGAGGCAAAGGACCUGAUAUGUCACUUGUUAUGCGAUGUUGAAUCGAGGUUGGGGACGAAAGGGGUAGAAGAUAUAAAGGCACAUCCGUGGUUUAGGGGCAUCGAAUGGGAAAAGCUUUAUGAAAUGGAACCUCCUUAUAAGCCUAGAGUUUCUGGGGAAUUGGACACGCAGAAUUUUGAAAAGUUCCCCGAAGUAGAAGAUGCACCCUCAACUACACCAAGAGUAGGACCUUGGCGGAAGAUGCUAACAUCAAAAGAUGCCAACUUUAUUGGGUUCACUUUCAAGAAGUCCGAUAUUCUCAAAUCUGCUGAAUCAUCAGGAACAGACAUGAGUUCCAAUGGACCUCCAAAGCAUCCAUCCUUAGUGUCACUGCUUGGGAGAAUAGAUUUGCAAGACACAUCAAUUGCAGAGGAUGAGCACAAGGAGGAAAGCGGCUGAUUUCAUUUGACAAAAUGCAUAUUUUUUUUUAAGUCAAAGUUGCUAUUUUCCUAUUAGCUGAUUUGUCAUUUAUGUAUAAAAAAUAUGAUGAGAAUUAGCCACAUAUAUACAUAUAUUCUGCUGCUAUGAAGAAGUCCAUUCAAAAUUUUGAGCUCAGGCAUAUUCUGUUUGCUACAUGUCUUUGUCUUUGCGACUCUUCGCGGGCAUUAAUUUUAAGCGUUGUGCUAUAGUGACAUCAAUCCUGACACUAAACAUACAUA